AUGCGAAGAGGUCCGAAGAAGGUCAACCCUGCAAAGCCAGCAGAUGGCAAAAAGACCCGCGCUGAAGCCAUUCGAAUUUGGGACAAGGUGGAUGUUGGUAAGAAGGGCUUCGUGACCGUCCCGGAGGUCUUGAAGCAGUCGAAACUUCUUGAACAUGAAUGUCCUGAAUUUAUUCGCGACUAUGAGUCUGUGGCCCGGGACGGCAGGGUAACUCGCAACGCCUUCCUUGACUUUUGUGUUGGAAAAGCUACCGCAGAGGAAUGCAAAAGAGACGUGGACAUGUUUCUGAAUGUAGUUUUCCAAACCGUUCUGCUAGUGAAGACCGAAGACCUUGAGAUGCUGACAGGUCCAGCAGGGCAAAUUCGUGUAGCCGACCUGGUGAAGCACAAGGUGAGGAUCCAAGAAGUAUUCCCUCCAUUGCUGGAGAAGUUUUCUGAGAUCGACCUGAACAUGACCUCAACAGUGAGCUGGGCUGAGCUAGAGGUAUUUGCUGGUGGAACAGGAGAGUGGUUAGAGUAUCAGCUUGACCAAGUGAUCGGUUUGGAGCUGUUGAAGCAACAGAUACGGCAAUUUCAUCAUUCAAUUGUCAUGGACCAGAAGCGACGGGACACUGGCCACAAUGUGAGAACAAUCUCCAAGUACCACAUGAUUUUUCAAGGGAAUCCCGGCACUGGAAAGACCUCUCUGGCAAGAAUUAUUGCUCAGCUCUUGCAUCGCAUUGGCAUCAUAAAAACUGAUGUUUUGGUCGAAGUGCAGCGCGACAAGCUGGUUGCAGAGUAUGUCGGGCAAACAGGGCCAAAGACACAAAAAGUCAUUGAACAAGCAAAACAAGGGGUGCUUUUCAUUGAUGAGGCAUAUAGGCUCAGCCAGGAAGGUGGGAAAAGUGACUUCGGAAGAGAAGCCAUAGAGCAGCUGAUGGCUGCAAUGAACGAUCCUCCUGGUAAAGCACCCAUCAUGGUGUUUGCGGGGUAUGCAGAUGAUAUGGACAACUUUAUGCAGGCGAACUCAGGACUAUAUCGCCGCAUUGGUUACACAUUUGAUUUCAGUGACUACUCUUGUUUCGAGCUUGCGGAGAUCUUGAAGUCAAUCGUUACCAACGCUGGAUUCAGGCUGGCACCUGCAUUGAUCAAAAACAAUCUGCAAGCAACGGCAGCUUUGAUUGAAGCGAAUACUCUACAACAGGCACGUGAAAUGAUGAAUGGUGGACUCUGUGAACGUCUCUUUGACUUUGCAAAACAAUCUCUGGAUGCACGGGAAGCUGUGGUCUCAGCUUCAAAUCCGUCUUUGGAACUCACAGAGGGAGACCUUCUUGAAGCUUGCCGGCGCAUACCUCCUCCGCCAAUGCGUGAGGGCCGUGAGUCCUCAGCUACAUCACAGGCAUCGGAUCAGGUUGCACGUCGUCUUCAAAGAACCGAGGCAAAGUUGCGAUCUGCGCAGUCUGAAAUCCACCGACUUCAAGCCCAGUUGCGUGCUGUCAAGGCCGCACGAAGUGCAUGGAAGAGUGGAGAUUUGGACACUCGAAGCCGAUGUUCAAUGGAGGGCUGUUGUCACAGAGUUCGCAAGUUCUUUCGCUUCUUGUGGACGGCUUGCAUUCUUUGCGCAACCCUAACUCUGCACAAGCUCUACUACGUGUGCUGCUGCCAGUGUGUACCCAAGAAAGAGAAGUUUACCACUCCGAUCAUUCGCAUACACCCUGCUGAUGACUCCAAGCCCGGUCCAGCUCCAUUGUCACCAUAG